AUGGAGAUUCUCCAGCCCAAUACCUCAAACGGUUACCAUAAAAGAAAGCUUGAUAAUGGACCCUCUCUCGGUUCUGUUACACCUGAAGUUAAGCGGUUAAAGACCUCACCAAGAGUUAUUGACUAUUCUCAACCAUUUUCCAUCAGUAACAUGCUUGAAGUUUUAGAUGGUGGUAAGUUUGGGAGUGUUACAAAAGAAUUACAAGAGGUUGCUGAUCUGAGGAUGGGACUGGUCAAGCAUUGUAUCACGUUAUACCCGUUGCUAGCGAAUACCGUGUUCGGAGGAGACAAGAGUCAGAACAUGGAGCUUAUGAGUUUGGAAAAUCCACAGGUUGUGGAAGAUCAUGUCAUCGACUUGGAUGAUGAUGAUGCUACUGAUGUUUUAAGUAAAGCUAUCUGUGUGGUUCCUCCUUCAUCAAGUGAGAUUGUGAUUCUUGAUUCUGAUGAUGAAGACAGUGAGAGUCAGAGGCCUAUGUAUCCGUUUCAGUCAAGUCUUGUGCUGCAUCAGAAGAAUCAUGGGGAUGAGCCUGUAGUAUUGCCGCAAUGUUCUUUCGAGGAAGUCCUUUUGGGGAAGGGAAAGGAGAUGUAUCCUGCCAUUAAAGCCGUAGUGGAGGGAGAAACAAGGAAACAAAAAAUCCUUGCCAUUGAAAAUGGUGUGGUUAACGACAAAGGUGUCUACGUGGGCGUUGAGGAUGAUGACAGUGAUAAUGAGUCUGAAGCAGCAGAUGAGGAUCUUGGUAAUAUCUGGAAUGAAAUGGCCAUGUCAAUUGUGUGUUCUAAGGAUGUGGCCGGAGAGACUUCACAUAAGGAGCCAAAGGCAGAUGUAGUGGAAGACUGCGAGCACUCGUUUAUUCUAAAGGACGAUAUGGGUUAUGUCUGCCGUGUCUGCGGAGUUAUUGAGAAAAGUAUAUUAGAUAUAAUUGAUGUGAAUUUCAGUAAAGCGAAACGAAACACGAGAACAUAUGCCUCUGAAGCUAAGAAUAAAAAGUUUGGCGAAUCUGAUGCUGUAAUUAAGUUCUCCGAAGAAGGGCUGAUGAUAGGUGGACUUGCUGCUCAUUCAGUGCAUGCUGAAAAAAUGAAGCCUCAUCAGAUUGAGGGAUUCCAGUUCCUUUGCAGCAAUUUAGUGGCAGACGAACCUGGUGGUUGUAUCAUGGCUCAUGCUCCUGGUUCUGGAAAAACCUUCAUGAUCAUCAGUUUUAUGCAGAGCUUCCUUGCAAAGUAUCCUCAGGCUAAGCCACUGGUUGUGCUUCCAAAGGGAAUUUUGUCUACUUGGAAAAGAGAGUUCGUGAGAUGGCAAGUUGAGGACAUACCACUGCUUGAUUUCUAUAGUGCUAAAGCAGAAAACCGUGCACAGCAGCUGGCUAUUUUGAAACAAUGGAUGGAGAAAAAGAGUAUCUUGUUUCUUGGCUACAAGCAGUUCUCAACGAUUGUAUGUGAUGAUACAAGUACCGACUCACUUUCUUGCCAGGAGAUACUGCUCAAAGUACCUUCGAUCCUCAUAUUGGAUGAAGGACACACUCCAAGGAAUGAGGACACAAACGUAUUGCAGUCCCUUGCCCAAGUGCAAACACCAAGGAAAGUUGUCCUCUCAGGAACGCUUUAUCAGAACCAUGUCAAGGAGGUUUUCAACAUUUUGAAUCUCGUUCGACCCAAGUUCCUCAAAUUGGAUACCUCCAAGUCCGUGGUGAAGAGGAUACUGAGUCGUGCUCCAAUUGAGGUCAAGAAACUUAAAGGAAGCGGUUCAGAUGUUGCUUCGGCUUUCAAUGAAAUUGUGGAGCACACCCUGCAGAAGGGCGAGGAUUUCAAGGUGAAAAUUAGCGUGAUCCAAGAUUUGCGGGAGAUGACAAAGAAGGUGCUUCAUUACUAUAAAGGAGACUUCUUAGAUGAGCUUCCUGGACUUGAGGAUUUCACUGUGGUUCUUAAUCUGUCUCCAAGGCAGUUGAGUGAAGUGAAGAAGUUAAAACAUGAGAAGAGAAAAUUUAAGGUUUCGUCUGUGGGAAGUGCCAUUUACCUUCAUCCCAAGCUGAAAGAUUUCUCUGAGAAGUCUGAUGAUGUCUCUGAUACAACUAUGGACAAUCUGCUAGAGAAGCUAGAUGUGAAAGAAGGCGUCAAAGCAAAGUUCUUCCUCAACCUGAUAAACCUGUGCGACUCAGCAGGUGAGAAGCUUUUGGUUUUCAGCCAGUAUCUCGUGCCGCUGAAAUUUCUUGAACGACUAGCUGCUCAAGCUAAGGGAUGGAAGCUAGGAAAAGAAGUUUUUGUUCUUACAGGCGAAUCCAGUUCUGAGCAGCGUGAGUGGUCAAUGGAAAGGUUUAACAAUUCGCCAGAUGCCAGAAUCUUCUUUGGUUCGAUAAAAGCAUGUGGAGAAGGAAUCUCGCUUGUUGGAGCAUCUCGCAUACUAAUAUUGGAUGUUCCUCUGAACCCUUCUGUGACACGCCAAGCAAUCGGGAGAGCUUUUCGGCCUGGACAAACAAAGAAGGUGCAUGCAUAUAGAUUGAUUGCUGGUUCAUCACCUGAGGAAGAGGAUCACAAGACUUGCUUCAAAAAGGAAGUCAUCUCAAAGAUGUGGUUUGAGUGGAACGAGUACUGUGGAUAUCGGAAUUUUGAGGUAGAGACAAUUGAUGUGGAUGAAUCUGGUGAUGUGUUCCUUGAAAGUCCUGCCUUGAGAGAAGACAUACGAGUUCUCUACAAAAGGUAA